AUGAGGAGUAAUGCUGACUUGGAGACUCCCAGCAUCACUUUUCCCCAAGUGUAUACCAUUGGGUUGCGAUGCAUUGAGGGUCUCUCUGCCAGUAUAGAAUCAUAGAAACGUUCAGCACUGAAGUCAUUCCCCAUUACCUACAUGGUAUUUAGUUUACUUCCAUUUGCUAGACUUGGUUUCUGAUUGUGUACGUUAAGGCUCUUUAAGUACUUAUCCAGAUAAAUGUGUUGAGGGUUUCUCUCUUCACCCUUUUAAGAUGAGAGUUCUAGGCCCACACAUAACCUAAUUAAAUUUCUGCACUGUCUCCGUUCUUCUAAAGAAAGUAACAUCAGACUGGACAGUUUCUACUCAUAAUUAUAAUUCCCAAUUCUGAUAACAUCUUGUAAUUCUUCCCUGCAGCUUCUGUAAUGCUAGCACAUCUUUCUGAAGGAAUGGUGACCUGAACUGUAUACUGUAAUCUCCCACUGAUUGGAAGCAACAUUCAAGGAACUAAUUGGAAGAAAUGUUAGAUAACUUUCUGUCAUCUCAUCCAAGACAACCAUGGCCUUGUCGGGUUUGGAGGCUUGUGUGCCUCAAAGACCCAGAGAGCUAUGUUGGCUGGAGUCAGGGUUUAUACUUUUGCUUUUGGUAGGGUGACCCAUGGCAAACAGGUCAAAGGGUAGAGGCCAGACUAAGAGUGGUCCAUCAGUUCUCCGGGUUUGGGGAUUCACUCAGGGCUAACAACCCUGACUGGUAAAACAAAAUUGUGCAGGAACAGCAAUGAAGACUCCUUCUACAUCAGAUUGUGACAGUAUUCCUGAGUCACCACUCAUGGCUGACUGUAUUGGAAAUGGAGAGGAAGCUACUGACGCAGUGAAGGAAGCCCUGUUGCCCACCAGAAAUGGAAGACCUUCACUGCUGCCAGCGGUGUAAUGGGCAGAAAGUAUGCUUCUGUCAUCUAACCAGUACUGUAGACUUGCGGUUUUUCUUGCUCUUACUGUAUACUAUGUACCUUAGCUAAAAAAAGUUCUGCUUCAUCCACUAAAAGUGGAAUUUUCUGGUGGCCAAACAUUUAAAUUCCUAUCCCCAUUCCCGUCUGACAUGUUGGUCCAUGGCCUCCUCUUUUGCCAGAAUGAGGCCUCCUUCAGGGUGAACUUGCUCAUAUUCUGUUUAGGUAGCCUCCAACAUGAUGGUGUGAACAUUGAUUUCUCCUUCCACUAAUUUUUCCCCUCCCCUUCCCUUUUCUUCAAUUCCCCCACUCUGAACUCUUAUCUCGUCUCCUCAUCUGCCUAUCACUUCCUCCUGUUGCCUCUCCCCUUUCUCCCAUGGUCCACCCUCCUCUCCGAUCAGACACCUUUCUCUCCAGCCCUUAACCUUUCCCACCUACCUGGCUUCACCUAUCACCUUCUGGCUAGUCCUGCUUCUGCUGUCCCCACCUUCUUAUUCUGGCAUCUUUCCCCUUCAUUUCCAGUCCUGAAGAAGAGUCUUGGCCUGAAGAUUUAACUGAUUUUUCAUUUCCAUGCAUGCUGGUGACCUGCUGAGUUCAGCAAUUUUUGUGUGUGUUACUUAAUAUUGCUAACUCAUUUAUUGACAUGUAUUCAAAGAUCAUGCUUCUUCUUCACUUAGAAUAUUUUAAUUUAUCAUAUUUUCCCUUGAUAUAUUAUCCUUCCUUACAUGCAUUAUUUACUGGAUGCUUAUUAUUCUGAGCUUAGAAGAAUGUAAGGGAGGUGAUCUCAUUGAAAUGUAUUAAUUUGUACAUGUGGGAGAAGUGGGUGUGAAGUUUCUCCUUGUUCUGAUGCCUGCAACUGGGGACACUGUCUCAAGUUAUGAAGUUGUCCAUUGAGGAUGGAGAACAGAAAAAAUGCCAUCUUUAACUUGAAUUUUUAGAAAAUUCUCUGACAUCAGUUGCUGAGGGUACUCGAGACAAAAAUCAACAGAUUUUUAGAUCACAAGAGGGUCACGGUAUUUAUGAUAGUGCAGAGCUAAAAGAAUAAGCUUACUCUUACUGAAUGGCAGUGUAAAUCUGAAGGGUCAAUUGAGUCCUGUUUCUGUUUCUUAUGUUCUUUACAAUUUGCCCAGGUUCGAGCUCUACAACACAGUCCUGUACCAUGCCCUCACUUUUUGAUCUUGCUGAUUACAAAGAUCUAUUCAAUUAGUUUUUUCAAGAAUCUAGAUAUCUGCACUAUUUGCCCUACUACUGUCACUGUUAAGGGGACGAUAGUCAUAACUUCCUACUAUUGCUGCCUUGUUAUUUUUGUACGACUUAGAAACUUGUCUGGUCAUUGUUUUUAAACAGCUUGGGCAAUAGUACCUUCUCAACAAUGUGAUCGCUUCUUCCUUGUUCCUCACUUCAACCCCAUGUGGCUGAUGCUUUUAUCUUAUCAUCCCUUCUCAGCACUGUAAUUGUUUUCUUGUAGUUAUAUACCUCUAUAUUUUAACUCACUCCAAAUCCUGAACUAGGAUCAACAAGAUGCUGUUUCUGUCUAUCUUUAAGAUGUAUUUCAUUCAUGAUUGUGAUAUAAAAUUCCUUCACUCUUUUCUCUACUCUCAGUUCAUUGCCUUUCUUUCCUCACCCCUUUGCACCAAAGUAUGUACAUUACACAACCCUAUCAUCUCUCAGCUUCUAACAUUAUUUCCAUUCUCUUCUUUGCCUAUUAAUCUUGAUCCACCUAUCAUCUGCCAUCUCUAUUCCUUCCCCCUCUUUCUUUCCUUUCCAGAUAAAAGAUCUUGAUCUGAAACGCUGGCUGUUCAUUUCCAACCAUUAAUGUUGCCUGGCCUACUGAGUUCCUCCUGUGCCUUUGUGCAUAUACAUUUUCUUAAUUUUCCAGCCUUUGUUUCCCAGUCCUUUAAAAUUCUUUCCUUAGAUCCCCACCUUCUGGAUGUAAUUAUAACUUUCUUUCUUCUGAAAUAGCCAAACUUGUUUUGACCCUCCUCAACAGUUGCUGCAAACUUCCUCGCAGGACAUGGCUCACAUACCAAUCCUCACAGAGGGAUCAGAAGUGAAGAGAGUGAGCAGUCUCAAGUUUCUUGGUGUCAAGAUCUCUGAGGAUCUAACCUGGUCCAAGCAUAUUGAUGCAGUUAUAAAGAAGGUAAAACAGCAGCUAUACUUCAUUAGGAGUUGGAAGAGAUUUGGUAUGUCAACAAAUACAUAGAAACAUGGAAAAUCUACAGCAUAAUACAAGCCCUUCUGCCCACGAUGCUGUGCGGAACAUGUCCUUACCUUAGAAAUUACCUAGUAUUACCCAUAGCCCUCUAUUUUUCUAAGCUCCAGGUACCUAUCCAGGUGUUUCUUAAAAGACCCUAUUGUAUCGGCUUCCAUCACUGUCGCCGGCAGCCUAUUCCACGCACUUACUACUCUCUGUGUAAAAAAGCUUACCCCUGACAUCUCCUCUAUACCUACUUCUAAACACUUUAAAACUGUGCCCUCUCAUGCUAGCCAUGCUAGCUACUGCACAGGACUGAAAAAAGCUGCAGAAGGUUGUAAAUCUAGUCAGCUUCAUCUUGGGUGCUAGCCAACAAAGUACGUAGGACAUCUUCAGGAAGCAGUGUCUCAGAAAGACAGCGUCCAUUAUUAGGGACCUCCAGCACCCAGGGCAUGCCCUUUACUCACUGUUACCAUCAGGUAGGAGGUACAGAAGCCUGAAGGCACACACUCAGCGAUUCAGGAACAGCUUCUUCCCCUCUGCCAUCUGAUUACUAAAUGGACAUUGAACCCUUGAACACUACCUCACUUUUUUAAAUAUAUAGUAUUUAUGAUUUUUGCACUAUUUUUAAUCUAUUCAAUAUAUGCAUCCUGUAUAAAGUAUACUGAAUAAGAUUUACUUAUUUAUCAUUAUUAUUAUUAUUUCUUCAAUUUUAUGUAUUGCAUUGAACUGCUGCUGCUAAGUUAACAAAUUUCAUGUCACAUGCUGGUGAUAAUAAACCUGAUUCUGAUCCUGGUAAGCUCCCACCUCUCCUAGACCAAUCUCAAAGCCUUCCAGCCUGCAACAGCUCUUCAGACAUGCAUUCAUUUUCACAUUACUAUUAUGUCUGAUGUUAAAAUACAACCCCUUCCCUCCGUACCACCCCCACCUUGUUUUCCCUGUAGCCUACCUGCACUUCCUCUCUUUCUUAGUACUGAUUUGGACCACAGCUUCAGGCUGUUCACCCUACCUCUUAAGAUGUCCUUUGAUUUGUGACAUCAUUUACCCUGGCAUCACCCACACAGCUCACUUACCUGGGCUGAAAAAUGUUAGAACUUGAGGAUCUUUCCCCCAUAGCACCCUUGACAACAAAUGGCCCUUUGACAGCUUGGAUUGCCAGCUUUGAAUGGCUCUUUGUCUAUCUUUGAUUCUAAUGUACAGAGAUAUUUAACAAUAUUAAAAUUUAAAGAAGCAAUUAAACAUUAAAAUGAUUAUAUUUCAUUGAAAAGUAAAAGCUAACUAAAAUAUAUUCAUCUGUUAAAAUUAAAAACAAUAAACUUAAACAACUGGUUUUAAAAGUUCAUCUCUUGUUAGCCUUCGAAUCCCUGUGGAAAUCAUCGCAUUCAGUCUGACGGUAUACAAUCGAGUGAUAAAUUCACCAAAGUGAUGCUGCAAAAAUCCCAGUAAGACUGGGCUUGGCAGCUAAAAUCUCCAUGAACAAACUGUCAGAUUCACAGCGGAUCACCUGUUAACACCCAGAAUGAUCUAGCCCUUUGCGAAUUUGGUGGAACUUCACUACAACUGAAUAGUGUUCUAGGUUAUUUCGGAGAACAGUUAACAGCAUUAUAAGGUAAUUUGUGGUAGAGUAAAACCCUAUGGGUUUUCUUCCUUGAAGGACAUAAGUUAAUCAGGUAGAUCUUCAUGACAAUCUAGUAUUUUCAUGGUCAACUUUAUUGACAAUAGCUUUCUUAAAAUUCUGAAAUAUGUAACUAACUUUAUAUUUUUAUCCAGUGAAUGAACCAAUAUGCAAUGUCUCAGAAAUUCAUAUGUUCUAGCUAAUAUUGAUCUCAUCUGCUCUGUGAAAACAACAUUGAGGGUAUUAUUAUUUUUUGUGGAUAAUUGAUAUGCACUACAUUGUUACAAGAUGUUCUCUUUCCCUUUUGUCUAUCCAUUCUGGAAUGCCUGUACAUCAUAAUUGAUUUCACAGUUUCUCAAUGUAAUAUUCUGUGACAUAUGCUAUAUUCUAUAACUGCCUUAAACAUAAUGCACAUUAUUCUUCUUUUGUAAUGCUGAGUGAUCAUUUUGUUGCAAAUGAAAUUUAAUUUUACAUAAGGUUUAAGAAAACAUUUAACUUUUGGAGUGAAAUACAUUAACAAAUUAAAGUAAGAACUAGUUCAUCAUAAUUACCAGUUUUUUGAGCAAGGAAGCACACUGUUAGCUGAGCGAUGGCUUUAGGCACUCGAAUACAUACCUCAGCAAGGAACAACAGAUAUUCCCACAAAAGGCGGUAAGUAAAUGCAAGAUUCAGAGCUUUACAUACUCUGUGCAAAUAGACUAUUCUUACAUUUUGUCUGAUUUUCUUUUGCUAGGAGAGACUUUGUGUUUCAUAAUUAUGUCAAAAAGCUUCUGAAGACUUGGAUUUUCAAAUGCGGCAUCUUCACAGUAAUUGUCACAAAUUCCCUUUUCAUGGCAUUGGAGACUGAUCACAAAGUGGAUUUUGAAUUUUUUGCUUUCUUUGAUGUGGCUGAACAGCUGUUCUUAGCAGUUUACACUGUGGAGUUCAUAGCAAAGAUUUAUGUUGAUCCAAUCAGAUACUGGAAGACGGGUUUCAAUGUAUUUGACUUCAUCGUAUUGAUGUUAUCUUAUAUUCAGCGCAUCUUCAUGCAUAGAAAUUCACACAUUAUGUCCUGGUUUCAUGUAGUGCGGCCCCUUAGAAUACUCAGGGCGAUCUCACUUAUUCGUGGCUUGCAGGUUCUGGUCAGUGCCUUGGUGAAGACGAUCAAAAAUGCUAUUUUUGUCCUGUUUCUCCUUUUCCUGCUGAUGACCGCGUUUGCACUGAUUGCCUAUAAUUUCUAUGGAGAUUCAAAAACUGGUGACUUUAAAAACUGGGGUAGCCUUAAAGCUGCAUACUUCACACUCUUCAGUUUAGUGACGUUGGAUGGCUGGAGCGACCUUGAGGAAGAAACACAUCAAUUUGGUUUCAAAUCAAGUCGACUUUUCGUCAUGUGUUUCAUUUUGCUGGGAGUCUUUCUCUUUGUCAACCUCUUCAUCGGAGUUAUCAUUAUAAAUAUACGGGAAACAGCUAGAGAGUUUAAUAAAGGGAUCCAAGCUGAAAGAGAAUCAACACUGAUGGAAAAGAAGCAAGCUAUAUUACAAAGGCAACAAAUUCAUAUCAUAGAGAUAAUGGAAAAACAGAAAACCAGUCAAUUUGAAACCUUCAGUGAAAUGAUUGGGAAGUUCAAACAGACCCUUCGUCAUGAUGAUUUUGUUAUGUUGGAUGAUAUAUGUUCAAGUCUGACAUUCAUAGAUAUUUACCUUUCGAGCCUAGAUGAACAGGACGAUACAUUGUACAAAUUACAACAGCUUUACUUUGAAAUUUCAUACGUACUGGGCAAUGUGUUGAGAAAUGUUCAUCAAAAUGGAAGGGACUCCGAAGUAAACUCCUCUCUAAUGGAAAUGGAAACACAUGCAGUGAAAAAUUAAUUUCUUGUUUCAGCAUUUAAUAUGAAAUUUUAAAAAGAUUGAUAAAAGCACAAUAUCAAGUUGUUGGGAUUUUCAGUAACUGUCUCCAAUGUAUAUUUGUUCACUUUAUCUGAGGGUAACAUUCCAGUCCCUAAUUUACUCCCUUUCUGAAGUUGAUAAAAUGAAGUUCUUUCACGUUGGUUCUCCUACCAAUAAAAGAAGC